UCCUGGAGGGCGACUCCAUGGAUCAAGAUGUGGAGAGUCCUGUGGCCAUUCACCAGCCAAAGUUGCCUAAGCAGGCGCGGGAUGACCUGCCCAGACACAUCAGCCGAGACCGGACCAAAAGGAAAAUGCAGAGGUACGUGCGGAAAGACGGCAAGUGCAACGUGCACCAUGGCAACGUGAGGGAGACCUACCGCUACCUGACCGACAUCUUCACCACCCUCGUGGACCUCAAGUGGCGGUUCAACCUGCUGAUUUUCGUCAUGGUUUACACGGUGACGUGGCUCUUUUUUGGGAUGAUCUGGUGGUUGAUUGCAUACAUCCGAGGAGACAUGGACCACAUAGAGGACCCCUCAUGGACGCCCUGCGUCACCAACCUCAACGGGUUUGUCUCCGCUUUUCUAUUCUCCAUAGAGACAGAAACCACCAUCGGUUACGGCUACCGGGUCAUCACGGACAAGUGCCCCGAAGGAAUUAUUCUCCUCUUAAUCCAGUCUGUGUUGGGUUCCAUUGUCAAUGCGUUCAUGGUGGGAUGCAUGUUUGUAAAAAUAUCGCAGCCCAAGAAGAGGGCAGAGACCCUGGUCUUUUCCACGCACGCAGUGAUCUCCAUGCGGGACGGGAAACUGUGUCUGAUGUUCCGCGUAGGGGACCUAAGGAACUCCCACAUCGUGGAGGCGUCUAUCAGAGCCAAGCUGAUCAAAUCCAAACAGACUUCAGAGGGGGAGUUCAUCCCUUUGAACCAGACAGAUAUCAACGUGGGCUAUUACACCGGGGACGACCGUCUGUUUCUGGUGUCACCGCUCAUCAUCAGCCAUGAGAUUAACCAACAGAGCCCUUUCUGGGAGAUCUCCAAAGCCCAGCUGCCCAAAGAGGAACUGGAGAUUGUGGUGAUCCUGGAAGGGAUGGUGGAAGCUACAGGGAUGACGUGCCAAGCGCGAAGCUCCUACGUCACCAGUGAGAUCCUGUGGGGCUACCGGUUCACGCCCGUCCUGACGCUGGAAGAUGGCUUCUACGAGGUGGACUACAACAGCUUCCACGAGACCUACGAGACCAGCACCCCGUCUCUCAGUGCCAAAGAGCUGGCCGAGCUGGCCAGCAGGGCGGAGCUGCCCCUGAGCUGGUCUGUGUCCAGCAAACUCAACCAGCAUGCAGAACUGGAGACUGAGGAGGAGGAAAAGAACCCGGAAGAGCAGCCGGAGAGGAACGGUGAUGUGGCCAACCUAGAGAACGAGUCCAAGGUGUAG